GACUCACAACUCUCGACCCUCAGUCCCUCCUCAGUCAUCAUCAGAGAAAAGGCGGCUGAUUUUGGAGGAGAAUGGGUGAAGUUUUGUUGGAGCUUGAACAAAAUCUCAGGUCGGGAAAGGAGCAAUUGACCCUACAAGAGCAAGAUUUUUUUCAUAGAUGUAAGUCCAAGGCUGUUAGGCAGUUCUCUGCUGGUGUAAUUGCUGGAGGUGGGCUUGCCUGGACUGCAACGUGGAAGCUGAAUAUGUUAGUUCGGCUAAACGUCUCAGUGGGAGCUGCCACUAUAUUUGGAUUGUGGAGAUUUGGUAGCUCACUAGAGUCGUGUGUUGACGAUGUUCUUGCAUUAGAUGGAAGUCGGAUGCAGAGAGAAUUAGCAGAUAUAAUAGUGAAGAAAUAUCGGGAUGAUCCUUUGAAGAUGCGACUUAUCUCUAAACAUUUCUAUUCCGAGGAAGUAUUUGAUGAUUUAACGUCAGAGCCAAGAUUAAGGUGGCGUUAUCGAAAUUUCUAUAGUGAUAAUAUCAGUCAUGAUCAAGGAACUCAUGAUCAUUCCCAGAAUGACUCCCAUAAUGCCACCCCCAGUGAUUUCCACGAUAACUCUGCCAGCAAAAAGACUGAUUUGAGGUCUAAGCAAAUUCCUGUGAACUCUGGUAUCGAUCUGAUGGCAGACCCGCUAGAUUGUGUUUUUGGUUAUACGGAAACAGCAGAGGAGAUUCAUCACUCUAGCACCUCAAAUGUGCCAAGCAGAGCACAGAGUCAUGCCCAUAAGAGAGCUCACCGUAGGCAUCGAUUGCGUCAUCAGGAAGGUUCUUUGGGCUCUCAUGAUGAGUAAUGUAUAUUGGGAAGGAAAUCAGAGAAGAGUGUUAAUAUAAAUUGGAUUUCUACAGGAUUAUUUGAGGGUUUGAAAGCAUGAAUAUUGUGAAGUGCAUUUGCAUCAUGAAAGUCAUACUGUUGACAUGGAAUUGAUAAAUAAAAUGGAUUGAAGGUCUCAGUAUCCGUUUUAGAUAA